AUGGAUGAAUUAUUUAAAAUUCAAGAAACACGUGAAUUAAAAGGGUUAUUGGAUGGUGAAAAGAUAUGUUGUGUUGGAGGAAGUCCAUGUUGUUUAUUUAUUGGAACAACUUUUGGCAAAAUUAUCUGUAUGAAUAUAGAAACGAAUUUCGCGUCGAAGGGAAUUAUACAAUUACCAACGAAAUCAGCGAUCAUUGAAUUAAUAAGUGCAACAGCCGUUGAUUGUUUGAUUGUUUUAUCUGCUUCAACACUAUUUUAUGUUGAAAUGUCUUCUAUGAAGAUACUAACUUCAAGCACAAUGUCAAAUAUUCUAUCAAUAGCAAUUAAUAGUUCUCCAGUAUUGGACGAUCCUUUUAUGUUGCAGUUGGUACUUUCUGUGUCAAAUCGUCAACUGUUGCUCUGUGAAAAGACUGGCGAAGAUAUGCUUAUUCGACGAAAGAUUUCGCUUGAAAGUAACGUUGAAACAUUAGCUUAUAAUCGAAACUGUAUUUGUUUUGCUAUGGCAAAUUCUUAUUAUAUUUUUAACAUUACUAAUAAUACAAUGCAGUCUCUGUUCCCUUAUGAUCUUCAAACUAUUCGACCACUUGUCAUCACCAUUGAUACGGAAGAAUUUCUAGUCAAUGGAAUGCAAGGUUUGGGAGUUUUUGCAACGUCAAAUGGAGUUUCUUCCCGACCACCAUUGUUUUGGGGCAGUGGUAUUGUUAUUUCCUUGGCAUAUCGAUCUCCCUAUAUAUUUGUUCUUACUUCAUCUUCUCUGAAUAUUUUUUCCUGCAAAAACGUCAGUGAAAUACAGAAGUUGGUUGUUGCUGAAUGUUGCAUUUUACGGAAUAUUGAUGGUCAGAUUGUGCUUUGCUCUUCAACUUCUAUUAAUAUUCUUUGUGAAAUUUUAUGGUUUCAUCGAGCUGAAGCUCUUCUUGAAAAAGGUCAAGUAAAAGAAGCAUUACAACUAUCUGAGAAUGCAUUAAUAAAUGGUCGAUAUGAUGAAAUUCAAAUUUCUAGGGUGAAUACCAUAAAGCAAAAGGCGGCAAUAUCAUUCUUCUUGACCAAAAAAUUUCUCGAUUGUUCUCAGUUGGCCGUAUCUUCCGAAAUGGACCCAAGAAAGAUUAUGGUUUAUUAUCAGCAUUUUCUUCCAUUGCCUUCAAAUUUUGAAUUUGAAAUAAAGAAUGCCGAAGUCGAUGUUUCUUCAUCUGAUUAUUUAAAUUUCUUAAAUGAAUAUAUUCAUACUAUUAGAAAUGAAUAUUGGGCGAAAGAUUAUUAUCGAGACUUAGAUGCAGUUUCGUUGAGAUUAUUAUCGAUGCGUAAAGUUUUUCUUGAAAAGGACGAUUUCGCUAAUGAUUAUUCAUAUGAUGAUAAUGAACAAUGGCUUAUUGCUGGUAAAAAAGAAAAAUUUCUCGCAAGCCUUGCGUUUUCUUGUGGUCGAUACUUUAUUGCUUAUGAUUUGUGUGAACGUAUCAGUGAUGAAAAUGAUUUAUUCAAUUGGAUGGCACUUUUGUUGAAAAUCGGUACUCCAAACGUUGUUCGACAAUUCAAUCAGCAAACAAUAUUAAAAAUUGAUCCAACCAAAGUUAUCAUUUUAUUGGAGCAGUAUCCAAAUGAAUUGAUAUAUUAUUUGGAGCGCAUAAAGCCUCGUGAAAUCAAAGAAUACCAUACGAAGCUGGUCAUUUGUUAUAUUAACGAAAUCAAAAAAAUGGAAGCUUCUGAAAAUAUAAUUGGUGAAGAUUUAUGUCGGAAUUAUAGGUUUUCAUUGCGUAACAUGCUUCUUGAAUCAACUCUUUUUGAUAUUUACAAAGUAGAAACGGAAUUGAAAUCGGGCAAUUUUGCUGUAGAACGUGCUUUUCUAAUAGGAAAGAUUUCAAAUGCUGAACAAUGCCUCAAAAUUUUACUUUACGAAUAUGAAGAUUACGAAGCAGCCGAAUUAUUCUGUUUUCAUAUGCAUUCAUUUCAUCAAAGAAUAUUUCAAACAUAUCCAGAAUUUCAAGGGCGAAUCGUUUCACUAUUGAAUUCAAUAAAUAAUCCCGUGAACGCUGUUGAUAUAAUCAGUCAGAUGCCGAGUGAUUGGUCGUUAUCACUAAUAAAAUUCUAUGCAUCAAAGGCUAUCAUAUCGUCAGAUAAUUGCUUCCACACUAAUUUAUUAAAACUUUCUGUAAGCUUUUAG